AUGAAGGCCCAAAAUUGUGUGUUCCUUUCUGCUCUGACAAUGGCAUGCCCAUUCGUGCGAGAUGUGGUGGAUGAAGAAGCACUUGUGCUGAGGAGAGCCUUCAGGCGAGAAAGGGUCUUCAGGGACCGGUUGGACCCACUGGCCUUCCCUGACGACCAUCUAUAUGAAAGAUACAGGUUUUCUGCAGAUGGCAUCAGGUAUCUAUGCAGACUACUGGGUCCCAGGAUUAAGCACCGCACUGCACGGAGCCAUGCACUGAGUGUGGAGCAAAUGGUUUGUGUGGCCUUGCGCUUUUUUGCUAGUGGAGCCUUCCUGUACUCAGUGGGGGAUGCAGAACAGCUGAACAAGGCCACAAUUUGCCGCACAAUAAGGAGUGUGUGUCUGGCUAUCAAAGCAUUAGCAGAUGUCUUCAUCUCCUUCCCUGGCCACAGAAGACUCUGUGACAUCAAAGAGGAGUUCUAUAGGAUUGCAGGUUUCCCCAAUGUCAUUGGUGCAGUGGACUGCACACACAUACGGAUAAAAGCCCCCUCAGGUGCCCAUGAGGCCGAUUUUGUGAAUAGGAAAUCCUUUCACAGCAUUAAUGUUCAGAUGGUCUGCAAUGCUGACUGUGUGAUCAGCAAUGUUGUGGCAAAAUGGCCUGGCUCAGUCCAUGACUCCAGAAUCUUUCGGGCCUCUGAAAUCUAUCAGUGCCUAUCACAAGGUGAAUUCUCUGGUGUGUUGCUGGGAGACAGGGGGUAUGGCUGCCAGCCUUUUCUCCUGACACCUUUCACAGACCCCCAGGAAGCACAGCAGGCCUACAACCAUGCCCAUGCCAGGACCAGGGCCAGAGUUGAAAUGACCUUUGGCCUCCUGAAGGCACGCUUUCACUGCCUUCACAAAUUAAGGGUCAGCCCUGUUAGGGCAUGUGAUAUUACUGUGGCUUGUGCUGUCCUCCACAAUGUGGCCUGCCUGAGGAAGGAGAGGGCCCCCAGAGUGCCACCAGGCAUGGACUGGGACAAUCCGGCAAUCUUCCCUGAUGACGACAGUGGUCGGCUGCUGAGGGACCAAUAUGUGUUGAAUUAUUUUAGUUAGUAUGUGUGCUUUCAAUUUUGGUUAAAUAUGUCCUGCGGUGGCAGAGGAAUUUGGUUUUUUUUGGGUUCGUUUUUUUACGAAUUUGGCCUCUUAUGAUGUUUGUGCGGUAUACUGUGUGUAAUACAAGGCUGCAGGGAGGCUACUGCAUCCAUUCAUUUGUCUGUUCAGUUGAUGUGUAUGGAUUUGUCCUGCAUUUAUUUUAGUGUGCAGACAUGCAGGGUGUGUUAUAUACAGACCUUUGAAUGUGUAUGUAUCAUUUUGUAUAAUAUGCUUGGAUUCUGUGCUUUCCAUCUUGUAGAGUCACUGUGACUUCAGUUUCGAAAGGAGCUGAUGGUUUACCUGCUUUGUUUUGUCCUUAUUCAAUAAAGGAACAUAAUGUUA